UUUUGUUGAUAAACAAAACAAAUUUCGAAUGAGAGAUAUAGAUUCUGAAGUUACGUUUCUUAUGAUGAAGAUUCCUUGUGUUAGGGUUUUUGCCGUUUAAAAAGUUUUGGAAAAAUCUUCCUUAUCCUAUUUUUUUUGCGCAGGCUUACUCGUGUAAACAAAACAGGCAGCGCCCCACACUGAUGCCGAAAUAUGACUGAACAAGCACCAUCCCAGGCUCAGCAGCUGACACCCUCAUCCCUCGCUUCCGGUUUAAACAUCGACGACCCGCGGGUCGAGAUCAUGGCAGACUAUCUGCUGCGUCGUUACCGACAGAAGCCCGACCGCUGGGUCAAAUUCUAUAACAAUCUUGAUAAUCACAAUGCCUUGUUGGAUUUCUUCAACAACACUGAGAAGUCUGUGGUCGUGUUCGUCUGUACGCCGGGGGCCAUCGAUUUCAGUUUUAACUGGCCGACAGACCCCCAAACUACGUUCACAUAUUUCCUUAAGAAAAGUGCCAACGCCAAGAUUAGUAAAGACAACUUUCGGGAUGAGAUGGUCUACGGGGAUAUGUUUCCUGGAGAGUUGGACCAAUUCUCCAUCUUCAUCAACAAGGUAGUGGAUCGCACCACAGCUAACCCUGCCAACAACGUGAAAUGGCCGACCGUGGUGACAGAUGACGUCAGACAACACACCCAGACCCUGAAGACGAUUGUUGAGAUCACCUCCAGCAGAGCCAAGGGACAGACGCUGCUACGUGUGCCCAAUGAGCUGGAUAAUUUCGAAUACCCGGAUCCGGAAAAUCCAAAAAUCAACCGACGCAUCUUGCACACCAUCGAGUCGACCAUAGUCAUGUGGAGUAAUGAGAUCCAGGAAGUGCUGAAGGUGCGAAACGCCGACCCCAUCCUCGAGGGCAAGAACCCCACCCCCAAUGUGGAGAUCCAGUUCUGGAAGCUCAGGGCUAAGGACUUCGACCAGGUGUACAAGCAGCUGACACACCCUACAGUGAAGAUGAUGGUACGCUGUCUCAAAGACGGCAAUAGUGUCUACUACAAGUCUUUCAAAGAACUUUACAGCAGCGUAGUAGCAGCGCUAGUAGAGGCGAACGACAACCUGAUGUACCUGACGGCCGUGAGGAACGCCAUCGAUAACAUCGAGCAGGUGGACUUUGACCUGUGUGAGCCACUACUAGGUCCCCUCAUGCACACCGUGUCGCUGGUCUGGGUCCAUUCCAAGCACUACAACACCCCGGAGAGGAUCACGGUCUUGAUGCAGAUGUUGUGUAACUUUAUCAUUGAAAUGGUUGACGCCUACCUGACCCCAGAGGAAAUGUUCAAGGGAGACAUGGUCGAGACCAUCCCUCUGACGAAGAUCGCCGAAAGCGUCAUGUCCUCCUUCCGAACAGCGUUCGACAUCGAGCGCGACAAGUUGGCCAGCAUGUUCCCUGAGGGCGAGACUGUAAGGCCCUGGAACUUCCAACCGGACAUCGUCUUCUCCCGGUUCAGCAAAGUCCACGAGAGGCUCAAAAUUGCCUACUACCUGAUGGACACGAACGUGAACUUCAUGAAGCUGGAGAAGGUGGAGUUUGGUGGCAUCAAGGGGAACUCACUGGGCGAGGAUGUCAUCGUCAUCUUCCAGGAGUUUGACGAGGCCUUUAAGCUCUUCACUGAGAGCAAGUACAACCCACUCGACUCGUCGGAUCCGGCUUUUAUCCGCAACUAUGAAACAUUCAAUAUGAUAAUGGCCGACUUCGAUCGAAGGCUGGCAACGAUAGUUUGCAAAGGUUACUUUGACUGCUCGGGCUUAGAGAUGAUAUUUAAGUUGAUCGAGAUGAUGGGCCCCCUGCUGGAGCGUGAGCUGAUCAUGAAGGACUUUGACGACAAGUACCCGCAGGUGGUGCUACAGAUGCACGAGGCGUUGGACACCUGCUUUGAGCUGUACGAGGAGCAGAUGGCCUACAAGAGGGAGACGGGGAGGAUGGUGGUGCACAAAAACAUGCCGCCCAUGGCCGGCGCCAUGAUGUGGGCGAGGGAAGUUUACAACAGAAUCUCUGUGUACAUGGAUAGUUACAACCGCCUGGAGCACCCAAUAAAAUACACUGACGAUUACAAACACAUCUAUACAAGACUGGACGAUCUAAAGCUGUUGCUGGAUCAAAGCGACAAAUACUACUUCAACACCUGGCUGUCUACUGUGGAUGAGAUCUGUUCGUUCAAUAUGGGUCAACCCCUGCUCACAAGGGACGAGCACUCCCGUCUCAUCAAAGUCAAUUUCGAUGAUAAGCUGGUAGCGGUACUGAAGGAGAUGAAAUACCUCAAGCUGAGAAACAAAGAAAUCAUUCCUUCUAUCCCCGAAGCCGUGUUCGAGAAGCGAGACAUGCUGUUUAAGUACUACGCCAACCUGAUGCUGAUCAUGCAGUUGUACAACCGGCUGAUCACCGACUCACUGCAUGUCGAGAAGCCGCUCAUUGCGCCACAUUUGGCGACUAUUGACAAGGACUUGGAGGCUGCUCUCACGACACUGGCUUGGGAGAAGACAGAUAUCUGGGACUACAUUGCGGAUAUCCUAAAACAAAUCCAAGAUCUCACAUCGAAAGUCCAGCAAACCAAAGAUAAUGUGGAGAAACUGAAGACCAUCAUGGCGACCUGGUCGCAGACACCUUUAUUUGAGAGGAAAGAGAAACUGGACAAUCUAUUAGGACUUGUUGACCGAGCUGAAACAGUUAAAAAGCGAUACAACGAAAUUACGUCGGCGGGAGUUGAAGUUCUGGAGUUGAUGGAGAUGAACAGAGAACUGUUUGAUGCUGAUGUAACAUCAGUACAUUGGCAAAAAUAUGUUGAUUAUCUUGAUGCCAUGGUUGUAGAUGGGUUUGCUCAUCUUAUAGCUUGUAGCAUGAAGUAUCUUAUAGAGAACUCCACUCCUGAAAAGACAAUAGGGCCAUUGUUUGAGGUUCUGUUAGAGCUCCAUGCCCCUAAGAUGACAUUUAUUCCUGACGUUGAACCAGGGGCACAGGGUGGAUUCUGGGAUUUAAUUGAAAGUUUAAUAGCAGAUAUUUAUACUCAAGCAUCUCUGAUACCCAGGUUAAAAUUAGGAGACCAGGGCACCUACGAGCAAGGAAUAGAGAGUAACUCAGAAAUUAUAGACUUGAAAGACAUGCUACUUGAUGCCGUUGAUAAGGUUAUUCUGGAAAUAAUGCAGUAUAGAGAUGGACUUAACUCUUACUCCAGCCUGUGGGUUGAAGACAGACAGGAAUAUAUGAAUUUUUUUCUAAAAUAUAACCACAAGCCGACACAAGAAGAAAUUUCUGUAGCAGGAGAUGAAGGAAUUCCAGAAUGUGCUCCCACAUUGCCUCAGUUUAAGGAAAUGAUUGAUUAUUAUGAGAAAUUGUAUGUUGAGAUUGAACAAAUACAAGCCAUUCAAGUCUUCUCCAAAUGGCUUCGUGUGGAUGCACGGUCAUUCAAGCAAGGUUUGCUCAACGUUGUCAAGCGAUGGAGCCAUAUGUUCAAGCAGCAUCUCAUUGAUAAAGUCACAGGAGGACUUGAUGGGCUGCAAGAGUUUAUUGUGAAAACUAACAAAGGCCUGUCUAAAGAGCCCAAAGAUGGGGACUACCACGGUCUCGUUGACAUCAUGGGUUUGUUGAACGCUGUCCGGGACAGGCAGCCUGAAACAGAUGUCAUGUUUGAGCCUUUGAAGCAAACUAUCGACAUGCUCAAACUGUGUGGUGUGGAGAUGUCGGAGAAAGUUUACCUGCAAUUAGAGGAACUUCCAGAUAAAUGGACUCAACUUAAAAAGAAAGUGAUGAUCAUGAAGCAAGCAGUUGUGCCCCUGCAACAAAACCAAGUCGCCAAAAUUAAAAGAAAGAUGGUGUCUUUUGAUGUCAAGCAGCACACCUACAGAGAAAACUUUAGAAAGUGUCCUGCUUUCUUUUUCAAUUGUACCAAGCCUUACAUAAUUAUAAAUGGUUGCCAUGAAGAAAUUACAGAAAUGGAAAAAGAAAUGGCGGAAAUGCAGGAGUCUGCAAAAAUAUUUGACGUGCAGCUUCCAGAUUUCAAGCAACUGAAAGUCUGCCGCUCAGAGCUGAGACUGCUAAAAAUUCUAUGGGACUAUGUAAUAAUGGUCAGAAUGAUGUUUGCAUUCUGGAAUAAUAUUCUCUGGGCAGAUAUUGAUGUUGAACAGAUGGAUGUUGACUGUAAAAAGCUGUCCAAAGAAAUUCGCACCUUGGAUAAAGAAAUGAGGUCCUGGGAUGUUUACCUGGGCCUAGAGAAUGAGCUGAAGAACAUGAUCACAUCUCUGAGGGCAGUUGGUGAGCUGCAGAACCCUGCUAUCAGGGACAGACAUUGGAACGAGCUCAUGAAUGCAACUCAGGUGAGUUUUGCCAUGAACAAAGACACCACGCUGGAAGAUUUGCUGAACCUGAACCUCCACAAGUUUGAGGACGAUGUCCAUGGUAUUGUGGACAAGGCUGUGAAGGAAACCAGCAUGGAAAAAACUCUGAGAGAGUUUGGUGUCACAUGGGCCAACAUGGCCUUCAUACAUCAUGAGCAUCCAAGGACCAAAAUAACUUUACUGACAGCCGAAGAAGAAGUUAUUGAGACUCUUGAGGAUAACCAAGUACAACUACAAAACAUGAUGACAUCAAAGUAUAUUGCCCACUUUCUGGAGCAGGUGUCUACCUGGCAGCAAAAGUUGUCUGUCACAGACCAGGUAAUAUCAAUCUACAUGCAAGUUCAGCGGACUUGGCAACAUUUGGAAAGUAUUUUUAUUGGAAGUGAAGACAUAAGAAAACAGCUUCCAGAGGAUACUGACAGAUUUGAAAGAGUUGAUAGCAGUUUUAAGGAAAUAGCCAGGGAAAUGAGUGUGACCACUAUAGUUGUGGAUGCUUGCACACAGCCUAGACUCUACGAAAGACUUGACCUGAUUCAGAAAGAGUUAGUCAAGUGUGAGAAAGCUUUAGCUGAAUACCUGGAAACAAAACGGCUUGCCUUUCCACGUUUCUAUUUCGUUUCAUCGGCUGAUCUCUUGGAUAUUUUAUCCAAUGGCAACAAUCCACCUGUGGUGGCUAAGCAGCUGACUAAACUGUUUGACAGUUUAGCUAACUUAGAAAUUAGUAAAACAGAUCCACCAACAGCCUCUGCCAUGUUCAGUAAGGAAGGGGAGAGAAUUAAGCUUGAGCAUGUGUGUGACUUGUCUGGUCAAGUGGAGGUGUGGCUCAACAGAGUGGAGGAUGACAUGAAAGCCACCAUACGUAAGGAGAUGGGGGAAGCUGUUACAUCAUAUGAGGAGAAGCCCAGAGAGAAAUGGAUUUUUGAUUACCCAGCACAGCCUGCAUUAUGUGGCACACAGAUUUGGUGGACCACUGAAGUAAACCAAGCUUUCUUCAAACUAGAAGAGGGACAUGAAGGGGCUCUCAAAGAUUAUCUUAAAAAACAGAUUGGCCAGUUAAACAGCUUGAUCAACUUACUGCUAGGAGACUUGAGUGUGGGAGACAGACAGAAGAUCAUGACCAUCUGUACCAUUGAUGUACAUGCAAGAGAUGUUGUCGCUAAGAUGAUUCAACUCAAGGUGGAUAACUCUCAGUGCUUUGUCUGGCUCUCACAACUCAGACACAGAUGGGACUUAAAAGAAGAUGAUUGCUUCGCCAACAUUUGUGAUGCCCAGUUUCGCUAUGAUAAAGAAUAUUUGGGAAACACCCCUCGUCUUGUCAUCACCCCAUUGACUGACAGAUGCUACAUCACCCUUACCCAAUCCCUGCAUCUCAUCAUGGGUGGGGCCCCGGCUGGCCCCGCGGGGACAGGGAAGACAGAGACAACCAAAGACCUGGGGAGAGCUCUGGGCAUCAUGGUCUAUGUCUUCAACUGCUCGGAACAGAUGGACUACAAGUCUGUGGGGAACAUCUUUAAAGGUUUGUCACAGUCUGGAGCCUGGGGAUGUUUUGACGAGUUCAAUCGCAUUGCUGUAGAAGUACUUUCUGUCAUAGCAGUACAGGUAAAAUCAAUUCAGGAUGCUAUUAGAGAAAAGAAAAAAAGAUUUAAUUUUAUGGGAGAAAACAUUAAAUUGAUAUCCACCGUUGGAGCGUUUAUCACCAUGAAUCCAGGAUAUGCUGGCAGGGCUGAACUUCCAGAAAAUUUAAAAGCUUUGUUCAGACCAUGUGCCAUGGUGGUGCCUGACUUUGAACUUAUUUGUGAAAUUAUGCUGGUAGCUGAAGGCUUCUUAGAUGCCAGACUGCUAGCCAGGAAGUUUAUUACCCUCUACAGUUUGUGUAAAGAACUGCUCUCUAAGCAAGACCACUAUGACUGGGGUCUAAGGGCCAUCAAGUCAGUGCUUGUAGUGGCUGGUGCACUCAAGCGUGGAGACAGGGGCAGGCCAGAAGAUCAGGUUUUGAUGAGGGCGUUGAGAGAUUUCAACAUUCCAAAAAUUGUCUUGGAUGAUAUGCCAGUAUUCAUGGGUCUCAUCGGGGAUCUGUUCCCAGCACUGGAUGUGCCCAGGAAACGAGAUAUAGAGUUUGAGACGAACAUCAAAGCUGCCACUCUCCAAUUGGCAUUACAGGCUGAAGAAAACUUUAUCCUAAAGGUUGUUCAACUGCAAGAGCUGUUUGAUGUUAGACAUUCAGUUUUUAUCCUUGGCAAUGCGGGCACAGGAAAGAGUUGUGUCUGGAAUGCUUUAAGGCAGACAAACAAAUAUCUGGGUAGAAAACCUGUAGCCAUUGACCUGGAUCCUAAAUCUGUUACAAAUGAUGAACUGUUUGGUAUCAUCAGCCCAGCCACCAGGGAAUGGAAAGAUGGGCUAUUCUCAGUAAUUAUGCGUGAUUUAGCCAACAUGACUGGGGAUGGGCCAAAAUGGAUUGUAUUAGAUGGGGAUAUUGAUCCAAUGUGGAUUGAAUCUCUAAAUACUGUCAUGGAUGACAAUAAGGUGUUAACGCUGGCCAGCAAUGAAAGAAUCACAAUGACAAGGUCCAUGAGACUUUUGUUUGAGAUCAGCAACCUCCGCACAGCAACACCUGCCACUGUUUCCAGGGCCGGCAUCCUCUUCAUGAAUGCUAAUGACAUCGGCUGGAAUCCCUAUGUACAGAGCUGGAUAGACAGGAGAGGUGUACAACAAGAGAAAGCCAACUUGACCAUUCUGUUUGAUAAAUACGUUGGCUCCAUCCUAGACUGUCUCAGAAUCCGCUUCAAGAAAAUCACACCGAUACAAGAGAUAGCACAUGUCCAGAUGUUGACCUACCUGCUGGAGUGCUUGCUGACAGAACAGAACUGUCCACCAGAAUCACCUAAAGAUUUAUAUGAAUUGUAUUUUGUGUUCUGUUGUGUGUGGGCAUUUGGAGGCACCAUGUUUCAAGAUCAGCUUUGUGACCACCGAGUUGAUUUUACCAAGUGGUUUAUACUUGAAUAUAAGACAGUCAAAUUCCCGUCUGCUGGGACUGUGUUUGACUACUACAUCUGCCCCCAGACACACUCCUUUAAACCCUGGACUAAUCUAGUGCCAAAUUUUGAAUUUGACCCUUCUCUGCCUCUCCAGGCUACCAUUGUCCACACUGCUGAAACUCACCGCCUGAGGUUUUUCCUGGACAUGCUGAUUGCCAGUCGCAGGCCUGUCAUGCUGGUGGGCUCAGCUGGCACAGGGAAAACUGUGCUGAUGAACAACAAACUGAAAUCACUCCCAGAAGAGUACAUGAUCGCCAACGUUCCCUUUAACUUCUACACGACCAGUGAGAUGCUGCAGAACAUUCUGGAGAAACCUCUAGAGAAGAAAGCUGGCAGAAACUACGGCCCACCUGGCACAAGAAAGCUUAUCUACUUUGUUGACGACAUGAACAUGCCAGAGGUGGACAAGUACUUCACAGUCCAGCCCCAUACUCUAGUGAGAGCAUGCAUAGACCACGCUCACUGGUACGACCGCCAGAAGUUGACACUGAAGGAGAUCCACAACACACAGUUUGUCUCCUGCAUGAACCCCACAGCUGGUUCUUUUACCAUUGAUGCUCGCUUGCAGCGACAUUUCUGUGUGUUUGCACUGAGUUUGCCAACUAAAGAUGCUCUGGCAGCUAUUUACUCCAACAUUCUCGGCCAACACAUGGCUCUGAAUAACUUUAACAGCAACGUCCAGCGCUACUGUAACAACUUGAUUCAAGGAGCUAUAGCUUUUCAAGCAAAGAUGAUGUCAAGUUUUUUACCAACAGCCAUCAAAUUUCAUUAUAUUUUUAACCUGAGGGACAUGUCCAACAUCUUUCAGGGCAUGCUGUUUGCUGGAGCCGAGACCUGUAAGACUGUACUACACCUGGUCAGGCUGUUUUUUCACGAAGCUGAGAGAGUCUACAAAGAUAAGUUGGUGGACGUUGGUGACAUUGAAUUGUAUGAUAGAAUCCAAUUGGACAUUUUGAAAAAGCUUUUUGAGGACCAGAAAGAAGAUCAGGUGAACGAGAAGCCAAAUAUUUGCUGCCACUUUGCCCAAGGGAUUGGUGACCCCCAGUACGGGUUCAUACCAGGCUGGCCCCAACUGAACAAGACCCUGAGCGAUGUCCUAGACAGCUAUAAUGAAGUGAACGCUGCCAUGAGCCUGGUCCUGUUUGAGGACGCCAUGUCACACAUCUGCCGCAUCAACCGCAUCCUUGAGUCACCCAGGGGCAACGCUCUCUUGAUUGGGGUGGGGGGGAGUGGCAAGCAAUCACUCUCUCGCCUGGCAGCCUUUAUUAGUGGCUUAGAUGUGUUUCAGAUUACUUUGAGCAAACAAUAUUCAAUAGCUGAUCUAAAAAAUGAUGUCAAUGGUCUGUAUAAGAAGGCAGGAUUAAAAGGACUAGGAGUUGUCUUCCUUAUGUCUGAUGCUCAAGUAGCCAAUGAGAUUUUUCUUGUUCUCAUCAAUGACUUACUGGCCUCUGGUGAAAUAGCAGAUUUAUUCACUGAUGAUGAAAUGGAAGAAAUCUUGGGAGUCAUGCUCAAUGAAUGUAAACAGGAAGGCAUUCCAGACACCAGGGAAAAUGCUUGGUGGCUCUUCAUUGAUAAAGUGCGAAAAAAUCUUAAGGUGGUCCUAUGCUUCUCUCCUGUUGGCAAUACACUGCGAGUACGCAGCAGAAAGUUUCCAGCAAUCACCAAUUGUACCAGCAUUGACUGGUUUCACGAGUGGCCAGAAGAAGCUCUUGUAUCUGUCAGCCGCAGAUUUUUGAGUGAUAACGAAUUAUUAGAUAACAACUUGAAGGUUUCCAUCUCCUUCUUCAUGUCCUAUGUUCACAAGUCUGUGAACGAGGCCAGUGCCAUGUACCUGAAGAAUGAGCACCGCUACAACUACACAACACCUAAAUCUUUCCUGGAACAGAUUGUCCUGUACCAGAAUCUGCUGACCAUGAAGAAUGAUGAACUGCAAGCCAGCAUCAUACGUUUAGAAAAUGGUCUUGAAAAGCUGCGUAGUACAGCAACACAAGUAGAUGAUUUAAAAUCCAAACUGGCAUCUCAAGAAGUGGAGCUGGCAAUAAAAAACACUGAAGCCAAUGACCUGAUCACAGUGGUCAGUGCAGAGACAGAGAAAGUCUUGGCUGAAAAAUCUAUUGCCGAUGUUGAAGAGGAAAAGGUGUCCAUCAUCACCACAGAGGUGGAGCAGAAGGCUGCGGAUUGUUCUAGAGAUCUGGCUAAAGCAGAGCCUGCACUCUUGGCAGCUAAAGAAGCCUUGAACACUUUGAAUAAGAACAACCUGACAGAGUUGAAGUCCUUUGGUUCUCCCCCUGCUGCGGUCACCAAUGUGGUGUCUGCCGUCAUGGUCCUGCUGGCGCCAGGUGGGAAUGUGCCCAAAGACAGGUCAUGGAAGGCGGCUAAAGCAUCCAUCAUGUCCAAGAUUGAUGCAUUCCUUGACAACCUCAUGUAUUAUGACAAAGACAAUAUUCCAAUGAGCUGCCAAAUUGCUGUAAAACCCUACUUAAAUGACCCAGAAUUUGAUCCAGAAUUCAUCAAAGCCAAGUCCAGUGCUGCUGCAGGCCUUUGUUCUUGGGUGAUCAACAUCAUGAGGUACUAUGAAGUAUUUUGUGAGGUGGAACCUAAAAGGCUUGCAUUAAAAAAAGCUAAUGAGGACUUAAACUCAGCCCAGACUAAACUGGCUGCUAUCAAAGCCAAAGUGGGAGCCCUGGAAGCCACACUGAACGAGUGUCAGGCUGAACUCAACAAGGCCGUGUCGACCAAGCAGAAGUGCCAGGAGGAUGCGGACGCCACUGCUGCCGUUAUAGAGCUGGCCAACAGGCUGGUCGGUGGUCUGGCCUCAGAAAAUGUCCGCUGGGCACAGGCCAUCAUGAACUUUCACGAAAACGAGAAAACCCUGCCUGGGGAUGUGUUGCUGAUUACAGCAUAUGUCUCUUACAUGGGCUCAUUCACUAAGCUUUAUCGUGUUGACCUUUUGGACAACAAGUGGAUUCCAUUCCUAAAGAAGUUGAAGAAUCCUAUUCCAAUAACUGAAAAUCUUGACCCACUGGUUUUGCUUGUAGAUAGUGCCCAGAUUGCUUGCUGGAGCAAUGAAGGUCUCCCCAGUGAUAGAAUGUCCAUUGAAAAUGCAACAAUACUGACAAACUGUGAGCGAUGGCCUCUCAUGAUUGACCCACAGUUACAAGGAUACAAAUGGAUAAAAACGAGAUAUGGGAGUAGAUUAAAGAUUGUCAGACUAGGGACUCAUGGCUACAUAGAUGCUAUUGAAAAGGCUGUGGAGACUGGAGAAAUUCUGUUGAUGGAGAACAUUGGCGAGUCUGUUGAUGCUGUGUUGGAUCACUUACUAGGGAGGAAUACCAUCAAGAAAGGCAGAGCUAUUAGGAUUGGUGAUAAAGAAAUCAAUUACCACAAAAAUUUCCGGCUGAUCCUUCAAACCAAACUUGGAAACCCCCAUUAUAAGCCAGAGAUGCAGGCACAGACAACUCUAAUCAACUUUACAGUCACCAGAGAUGGCCUAGAAGACCAGCUGUUGGGGGCUGUGGUGUCUAAAGAGAGACCUGAUCUGGAGAAGUUAAAAUCUGACCUGACCCGCCAACAAAAUGAAUUUAAAAUUAUUCUGAAAGGACUGGAGGACAAUCUGUUAGCCAGGCUGUCCACUGCGGAGGGAAACUUCCUCGGGGACUACGCUCUGGUAGAAAACCUGGAGACAACCAAACGCACUGCAGCAGACAUUGAGGCCAAAUCUGCCGAGGCUAAAAUCACAGAAGUGGAGAUCAAUUUGGCCAGGGAAAACUACAGGCCUGUAUCUGCCAGGGCCUCGCUACUUUAUUUCAUAUUGAAUGAUCUGGAUCGUAUUCAUCCUAUGUACCAGUUUUCAUUGAAGGCCUUCAGUGUGGUGUUUGACAAGGCCAUUGAUCGAGCUGAGCCAGCAGAGACAGAAGAGGAGAGAGUGAAAAACUUGAUAGACUGCAUCACCUUCUCCACCUACGUCUACACCUCCCGUGGACUUUUUGAGCGGGACAAACUUAUUUUUGGAACUAUGCUGACCUUUCAGAUUUUGGCCCAACUGAAAGAAAUUGAUAUGGAUGCUUUAGACUUUUUACUGCGAUACCCUGCCACAUCUGAUGUUCCCUCUCCUGUUGAUUUUUUAAAUGACUUGAGUUGGGGAGGAAUAAAGGCCUUGUCUGAGAAAGAAGCUUUCAAGAACUUAGAUAAGGAUGUGUUAGGUUCAGCCAAGCGCUGGAAGAAAUUUGUGGAAGGUGAGGCACCCGAGAAAGAAAAAUUUCCACAAGAAUGGAAAAACAAAACUUUAAUAGAAAAACUGUGCAUGAUGCGGGCUCUACGACCAGAUCGAAUGAGCAACGCAGUCACUCAAUUUAUCGAGGAAAGUUUGGGACAUAAAUAUGUUGAAAACCGCUCCGUGGAAUUUGGGAAGUCCUUUGAAGAAUCAGGGCCAGCAACUCCUAUGUUUUUUAUACUGUCCCCUGGUGUUGAUCCCCUUAAAGAUGUAGAAAAGUUGGGCAGAAAACUGGGCUACACCACAGCCAAGGAGAAUCUCCAUAACAUUUCACUGGGGCAAGGGCAGGAAGUUGUGGCAGAGAGGGCUAUUGAUGUGGCUGCCAAAAAGGGACAUUGGGUUGUUUUACAGAAUGUUCAUCUAGUAUCAAGAUGGCUUCCAAACUUAGAGAAAAAGCUGGAACAGUACUCUGAAGAAAGUCACUUGAACUACCGACUGUUCAUCAGUGCUGAGCCAGCAGGUUCCAGAGAGUAUCACAUCAUGCCACAGGGCAUCCUAGAGUCCUCUGUCAAGAUCACCAACGAACCUCCCACUGGCAUGUUUGCUAAUUUACACAAAGCAUUGGACAAUUUUACACAGGACACCCUAGACAUGUGCUCUAAAGAGGUUGAGUUCAAGGCCAUCUUGUUUGCCCUGUGCUACUUCCAUGCCGUGGUGUGUGAGAGGAGGAAGUUUGGUGCCCAAGGCUGGAACAGAGUUUACCCGUUUAACGUGGGCGACCUCACCAUCAGCGUCAACGUGCUCUACAAUUAUUUGGAAGCCAACAACAAAGUACCAUGGGAAGAUUUGCGUUAUCUCUUUGGUGAAAUUAUGUAUGGCGGCCACAUAACAGAUGACUGGGAUCGUAAGUUGUGUAAAACUUACCUGGAGGUGUACAUGAACCAAGACAUGAUAGAUGCAGAGCUAUUUUUGGCACCAGGCUUUGCAGUGCCCCCCAACAGUGACUAUGAAGCAUAUCACCAAUACAUUGAUGAUGAGCUGCCCCCAGAAAGCCCCUACCUGUAUGGGCUGCACCCAAACGCUGAGAUAGAAUUCCUCACCAAGACCUCAGACAACCUUCUGAGAACUGUCUUUGAGAUGCAGCCCAGAGAUGCCUCUGGAGACUCGGGAGAAACAGUUUCAAAAGAAGAAAAAGUAAAAGAGAUCCUUGAUGAACUGUCAGAGAAGUUGCCAGAACCAUUCAACAUUGAGGAAAUCAUGCAGAAGGUUCCCCCAGAUGAAAGAACACCUUUUGUGGUGGUCGCUUUCCAGGAGUGUGAACGGAUGAACAUGCUGACAGGAGAAAUCAGGCGUUCCCUUAAAGAGUUGGAUUUAGGCCUGAAGGGAGAGCUGACCAUCACUGUUGAAAUGGAAAAUCUCAGCAAUUCCCUGUUUUUGAACAAUGUCCCAGAGAGAUGGGAGAAAAAGGCUUACCCUUCUCUGUUUCAAUUGGCCCAGUGGUAUGGUGACAUGCUGCAGAGAGCCAGGGAACUAGAAAGCUGGAUUGGAGAUUUCAGCCUUCCUGCCAGUGUGUGGCUGGGGGGGUUCUUCAACCCACAAAGUUUUUUGACUGCUAUCAUGCAGCAAACUGCCAGAAAGAAUGAGUGGCCACUGGACAGGAUGUGCCUCCAGUGUGAUGUGACAAAGAAAAGUAAAGAGGAGAUGUCGGGGCCACCCAGAGAGGGGGCCUAUGUUCACGGGCUGUACAUGGAGGGCGCCAGGUGGGACGUCCAAACAGGUUUCAUCGCAGAGUCUUUCCUGAAGGAGCUGACGCCAAGGAUGCCGGUCAUCUUCCUGAGGGCUAUUCCAGUAGAUCGGGUUGACCAACGCUUGGUCUAUGAUUGUCCUGUUUACAAGACAAAAGGCAGGGGUCCAACUUUUGUUUGGACAUUCAGGCUCAAGACCAAACUAGAACCUUCUAAGUGGGUGCUGGGUGGUGUAGCGCUGCUGCUGCAAGUCUAAGCUUGUGGCAGUUUUCAAACCCAGGAACCAAAAGUUCCAGUAUGGAGUAUAUCUGCAUACAUAUCAAUAACUGCUUAUAUUGAUUAAUUCCAUUAUAUUUGUUUAAUUUUUAAUCUGUGAAUGUUGACUACACUGACUGAUGACAGCUCCACAGAUUCUUAAA